AUGGAACAGACGCUGGCAGACAAAAUUACAGAGGCAACGAAUGAGUGGAUUAAAGAACUAUAUGAUGAAAGAAAGAGAUACGACUCAAAAUGUGGAACGGAGACUAGAAAAUAUAUAACCGACGAUUUUGGCCAAAUACACUUUUCAACAAACGACCGAGAAUCCUGGUAUAUCCGCAUGCCAUUUGUAUUUGUUGAACAACGCACUGAAAAUGUUGACGCUUCAAAUUUUUCUACAUCUUACCAGGACCAACACGUAGCAGAUCAAGCUCAACAGAAACACAUGUCGGCACGAAAUCAACGAGAACAUACACCAGAGGAGCAGCAUCAUGAACACACAACAGAUCAAGCUCAACGGAAACCCACGUCAAGACGAAAUCAACGAGAACAUACACCAGAGGAGCAGCAUCAUGAACAUACAACAGAUCAAGCUCAACGGAAACCCACGUCAAGACGAAAUCAACGAGAAUAUACACCAGAGGAGCAGCAUCAUGAACAUACAACAGAUCAAGCUCAACAGAAACCCACGUCAAGACGAAAUCAACGAGAACAUACACCAGAGGAGCAGCAUCAUGAACAUACAACCGAUCAAGCUCAACGGAAACCCACGUCAAGACGAAAUCAACACGAAUUCACAAUGGUUUCAAGCACUCAAUACAAUAACAACAAAAAGGCGAAACUGCCUGAUAGGCACGAUGAUCUAGCAACAAACCAAGUCCCGCAUGAAAAUCUCUCAAAUAUCGAAUCGGUGGCAUCAGGACAGCGUAGAGAAAGUACAGACUCUUACGAAAAUUUCACGGAAGAUAAGGAUUGUGAGGUGAUACCGGCAGCACAAACUCUAGAUAAAUCACCCGCCGCUGAGAUUGUUCGUUUUAUGCGCACAGCAUGGAAAUUGCCAGAGCCCGAGCUAAUCAUUUCAGUGACAGGCGGAGCAAAGUUUUACAAUAUUCCGUCACCAAGAAUGCGAAAUGCACUUCAGCAAGGUCUGAUAUCAGCAGUAACGGCUACAAAUGCUUGGGUUUUUACUGGUGGAACUCAUUUCGGUAUAAUGAAGGAAAUAGGCGACGCAUUCGAUAAAUGUCGAUACAAGAACACUAAGACAGCUUUAAAAACUCCCUGUAUUGGGAUCUGCAGCUGGUACGCAACAACAGAUUAUAAACAACUACUUCAAAAUAAAGCGAAAAAUUUUGACUCAAGUCAACUAUCAAAUGAUGAAGUGUUAACUCACCUAUCCGAAGAGGUGGAACAGAUAGCGACAGCUGAUGAGAAAAGAACUUAUGACACUUUCUCACACCGACUAAAGAAAACAAAUGAACAACGUGUGCGUCUGUAUCGGAUGCGUCAUCCACCGGAGAAAGGAGAGGCUGAAACUUAUCCUCUUGACCACAAUCAUACACAUUUUCUUCUACUAGCCGAUCAGUUUGGACCUGGAGAAAUGAAAUGGAGAAAUGCAACUAAAGCUGCUUUCCGUGCUGAUUUGAUACUGCCGAUACGCGCACAAAUUGAACAAGCAUCACGAGUUGUGACUCAACAAGGACACGAAUUUAAGAUUCCAAUUGUGCAGAUUCUAAUUGAAGGUGGUACUUCGUCAAUUUUGACUGUGUGUGAAUCAAUUAAUGCCCAAACACCGGUUAUUCUAGUCACUGGCACUGGACGAGCAGCAGAUUUCAUUGCACAUCAAUACAAGUGCUUGUAUGGACAAAAAGAUCCAAGGUCAAUGGAACUGUACGAUGAAAUUGCCAAUGAUGGAAUCACUUUUGAAAAAUUCAAAGAGAAUAUAAAUUUCGAAUCAAGAUUACGAAAAUCGCUCAUACCUCCAGAAAAAAAAGAUAAAUUUAUUAAUAUGAUGCAAUCAAAGAAAGGCUAUUUUCUGUUGAACUCACUUCAUCUAAGUGCUAAAAACCAGCAAUUAAAGCUCGAUGACGCAAUAUUACAAGCUCAGUUCAAUGCGGCUUUGUUAACUGAAAAUAAAGAGGAACAAAAAUCAAAAAGAUUGAAAUUGGCUAUGGCCUGGAAUAAAUAUGAUACAGUAGCCACGACUAUUUUAGAAAAUCAAACUUUAGUUGAUUGGCCGGAUUUGCAAUUAGACGAUUGCUUGCGUGAAGCUGUACGGCUGAACUCCGUAUAUUUUGUUGAACUACUAGUCGAAGGUGGAGCGUCAUUCGAAAGAUUGCGACGACUGAUUAGAAUCACUGAUAUGUAUAAGGAUAUAAGUGACGAUGUUUUCCAAAAUCGUCUCCCCGUAGACAAACAAAUUGAUAAAAUUACAUUCAGUAAAAGUAAAGGUCAGAGCUCAAAAUUGGAUGAUGAUUUAGAACGUAGAUAUUGGAAAGCUUAUUUGAAUCGAGAUAAAGCGAAUGACACAAACACAGAACAAAGUGAAGACCAUGAUAUUUCAGGCAAGAAUGCAUAA